UUUAAGAAUUGUUUUUUUUUUUUUAUUGCGUGAGGACAGCAGACUCUUCUGUUUGUGCUUGAAACAAAUUUCCUGCUGCAUGUAGGACUCACACUCAUGUUGUGGUGUUAUGGUUAUGGUAGGCAAAGCAAACAACCAUCACAGAAGGGGAGAGAAAGAACCAAUUCCCACCUUCCCAGGCAUGCUGCAGAAAGCAUUUAGAAAGCAUGACUGUGACUUGGAAAGUGGCAUCAGCCCCCAAGCAGUCAUCGUAGUCGCUGUAUGGAGGGGCUUAGUCACUCAAAUUCCUAUGCAUCUGCAGCUGAAAGUGCACUUCGCCAUAUUUACUUCCCCCCCUUUUGAUUUCACACAAGCAGGGGUGAACUGCUGAGUUCCUUCCAUUCAGAGCAGCAGGGCUGUACCACUUCUUAUCCUCAGGGGCCAUCAACCAGUGCAGAAAGCGAAAUAAACACUCCUCUAUUACAAGAAGCUUUUCUACCCCCUUCGGUUUGACAGUGGAAGUGCUCAGAAAUGUAGCGCUGAGGUGGGGCUGGGGACUGCUCUCUCCUGAUUGGUGGGAGAACAGACUGCCUGUGUGCCAGCUGAUGCCUGAUGUGCUGUUCUGAGCUCAGCGGCCAGACGUGAGAGCAGUCAGUCAGAGUGAGAGCGAGCCAGAGAGCGAGAGACUUUCCUUAGUUCUCCUACACCCUGAGGGAGGAAAAGCGGAGAAGGGUGAAGCAGACAAAUACGAGAUGUGCAGUGCAGUGACGAGGAGGACAAGUUAGAAGAGGCGCGGCUGCGUGAUGUGAGGAGGCGGCAGAGGGACCAGCACCGUUUCAGAUCCACAUCUGCCCCCCAGCAGAGUGACACAUUGCAUCAGUGUUACGACCUAAAGGUAGCAGAAUAAGGAGAAGAAGAGUAGGGCAGACCGUGGACAUGUCGUGGUCGAUGCUCUCGCCCAUGCAGUGGGCCAAGUGGACAUGGUCAGCAGUCCGGGGUGGAGGAGAGGACGAGGAAGAGGAGGGUGCCCAGGGAGCCCAGGGGGAGAUGAACGAGGAAGAGGUUUGGUCUCAUGAUGAGGAGAGGUCCCAGGGUGGCAGCUCUGACUCCGAGGGCCACUUUGAGACCCCCGAGGCUGAGACCCCUGUUCACAGCCCACUGAGGGCCACAGGAGACCUGGAGGACCUUGCUGCCAACAGCCCAGCAGAUGCGCUGGAAAACAUCCAAGAGCGGAUCUCUGACUCUGCUGGGCUACAGAACUUGUCACUGGAUGAGAACAGUAACCAGAACGAGCUUCCCCUGGCACGCCAGUCCCCCCCUGCAGACAAAGGCAUCGCAAUGCAGGGGGAGGCUGUAGGUGCACUGGAUAAUGUGGUCGAAGGCCCUCAUGAGACACCCGCAAGAGCAGAGUUGUUGGAGGUCAGUCAGCCCAUCAGUGACCCUCCAGACCAGCACAGUGAGCAGCUCCAUAAUGGCUAUGCAGAUGAGAACUCCGCCAUGCUCAAGGUCAAACAUGAAAAGAACCGUCCCGCUUCCUUGAAGAUGUCAGGGGACCAGAAUGGAACCAACUUGGAUGAUGAGGUGCCAGUGCCCAAGGUUAGCUAUAAAUUAGACCUAGACCUGCACAAUGAUAAUGUGAACCCUUUUACUAGUGGAAGCUCCAGGGUCCAAAACUCUCCUCCCCCUUGUGAUGUGAGUUCCAAGGUCCAAAACUCUCCUUCCCCUUGUGCAAUCAGUGCCAAGGACAACCCUGCAGCCAUACUUGCUGAGGAACCUGCAUGUGAUCUCAAACCCGUUGUCAUGGAAUUUGAAGUGUCAGAUGAUGGGAAGAGUGGGGGCCCUAGAAGGCCACCCCCACAGCGGAAGCUGGGCAAGAAGCCCACAAGCAAACUCACCCCCAAGAAGCAGCAGCCAAAACUUGCAGAGCCAGCUCCAGAAAGCACCCCCAAAUAUGGCCUAGAUGAGACUCCCAUUCCCAAGUCUACAUACAACAUUGAUCCAAGCCAGUGGGAUGACCCCAGCUUCAACCCCUUUGGGGGAAAUGCCAAAAUGGGAAGUUCACCAGUUCUCCCUAAGGAGUCCUACACCUUUGACCCUGACAAUUUUGAUGACUCAGUGGACCCUUUCAAACCCUCCAAGACCUUGGCUGAGGAAGAACUGACUACUCCGGCUCCCCUGGCCUUAAAGCCAGCAGACGACGCACUUUGCAGAAAGACAGAGCUCCCCCUAGAGGAGGAAGGGAGGGGCACACAGUCGCCAAAGAAGAACAAGGGCAGAAUGAUCACGACAACUGAACAAGUGAGAUUUCUCUGUUUUCUGUUGAGCGCCUGUAAAGUGAAGAAGUAUGAAAACCAGUCUCUGGUUCUGGAUGUCUGCAGUCAGGAAGAUGAACCCGUUGUGUCCCAGGCACCGGACAUCUCUCAUCGAGUGGGUCACGCUACCGACGAGGAGAAACUGGCAUCCACAACAACAGUGCAGAAACCCAAUAAACUGGGCGAUGGCAUGGGUGGUCCCUCAGAGACAGCAAAGCAGCCUAUGGAAGGAGUGCAACUGGGAAAGGCGGAUCACCUGAAGGAUCAGGACUCUGGCUGCCCUUAUGAUGACCCAUGUAGAACCAAAGAGUCAAAGCUGACAGGAAGUGAGAGCAAGGACAAAGGAAGUCCAGUCCUGGACACCAUCUGCAUCAGCGAGGCAGACAAAGCAGCUGUUCUGACCCUCAUCAGAGAAGAGAUCAUAUCGAAAGAAAUUGAAGCCAUUGAAUGGAAGAGGAAAUAUGAGGAGAGCAGACAGGAGGUCAUGGAAAUGAGAAAAAUUGUGGCGGAAUAUGAAAAGACAAUUGCACAGAUGAUAGACGAGCAACGCACCAGCUCCGGCUCUCAGCGGACCAUCCAGCAGCUGACCCUCGAGAGGGACCAGGCUCUCGCUGACCUCAACUCCGUGGAGCGCUCCCUCUCUGACCUCUUCCGGAGGUACGAGAACAUGAAGGGUGUCCUCGAGGGCUUCAAGAAGAACGAAGAGGUGCUAAAGAAGUGUGCACAGGAGUACUUGGCGCGGGUGAAGCAAGAAGAACAGCGGUACCAAGCGCUCAAGAUCCAUGCAGAGGAGAAACUGGACAAGGCCAAUGAGGAGAUUGCUCAGGUUCGUGCCAAAGCCAACUCUGAGAGUGUGGCUCUCCAUGCCACCCUGCGCAAGGAGCAAAUGAAGGUGGAGUCCCUGGAGAGAGCCCUGCACCAAAAGAACCAGGAGAUAGAGGAGCUCACAAAGAUCUGUGAUGAACUCAUUGCAAAGUUGGGAAGAACUGACUGAAAGCAAACUGAGCACAGAUCUAAUGUGCUCCUGUUACCGAGGCGCUGCCACCCCCCCAACCUCCGAUACAGUACAUAACCCGCCCUGCUCAGCCAAUCAGCUCCAGAUGCCCAAGGUGCCCAGUUACGCCUUGCAUUUGACAUAUUCCCGCAUUUAUCAUUUGAAAGGAAAGACCCUUUUACACUGAAUGCCAAUUUGUCCUCCAGAUUUCAUUCUCACAAAUGAUCCAACAAGUGAAACUCACACUCCAGGAAAGAAAGUAACUCCGUGGUAUUAAAAGCUCUCAGUUUGGAGACUGGAUAUGUAGUUGUGCUGACGCUGUGUGUAUCUGUGACCUUAGGACACUCCUGCUGGAGUUAAAUGACGGGAGAAAAGACGUGUAUGAGUGCGUGUGUGCACGUGUGCGUGUACUAUGCUUACCAGCCUAACGCUUCUGUGUUGGUGCCAAAGCUCUGACGUCUUCCCAGUGGGUUAUGGGUGUCAGAGGACAGCUGAGUCCAUCAACCAGGCCUUGGUCCUUGUGUUUACAUCACCAGCUGCUAUUCCUACAGGCUCAGUGGGGGGCAGGAAAAUGACACAUUUAUUGCUUUCUAUGUUAUUAUUUUUGCAAUGUACAUAGAGAGUUUACUUGUACUGUUGCUUUGUUUGUCCUUAAAAAGGCAGUUAUUGUACAUAAUAGAGGCCAUUUGAAAUCUCCUUAAAAUAUCUAUAAGCAUAUAUAGCACUAACAUAUGUAGAUAUUAUGUACAAGUUGUUAUCAUUGGAUGCAAGAAUGUUAUUUGUCUGGCAGUAACAGUUGUUUGCCAAUGCAGAGAUAUUAUAUAUGUCAAUCACAUUAAAAUAUUUCUUUGUCAGCAGCCAGAUGACUUACCUUUGAGAGACAAUAUAUCAUUUUGUAUUCUCACCAUCAGUAUAUGUGCAUAUAGUUUUCACUAGAGCCACUUCACAUAUGCUGAUUAGUGCGUAUUAUUUAUGCAACAGUAAUCAGUUCACUACCGCACACAAUAUCUAUAAAUUUAAGGGAAAAAGGAAAAAAAAAUCCAUCUAUCUAAGUUUGAAAUGUUGCACUUCUACUUGUGCAUCAAGUGGUCACACACCAACAGAGCCAGCCACUGACAUUCAAACUGAGAGGGGAAAAAACCAUGUUUGUACUUUUUCUGGUCAUUGUGACUGUACUGUGCACUUGCUUGCUUUAGUACUGUGAAUUUGCUGUUACAGAAUACAUACAUAUGUACAGUAUAAAAAA